GCAGGUUCAAGACCACCAGUGGCUUGCCCUACCUUGAAUGUUCCUCGUACCAGUAGUACAUUUCACAUGCAGAGCCUGCAUUUCUCACUGUUUAUUGAAGUUCUCAAAUCAUUUCGUCGUGCUUGCUGUAGCGUUCAGUGAGAAUAACGCGUGGACAGGAACCAUUUGCGCCUUCCUCCAUCUACAAAGUACAUCUCCAUGUACUGCCGUCCUUCUCACACUGCUUUCUUUGUCUCUUUCCACAACUGCAAGGAUAAAAGGGGCGGGUUUCCUUUUAGAGAUUGCAUUUUCAAAUCUCUACCAAUGUUUUUACAUUCGUUUUGAAUACAGUCAUGUCUUCUCCCAAUUCUGAGGAACAAUUCAUCUCAACGACCCUGUCACAGCUAUCUCUCGAAGAAAAGGUUGCUCUUUUGUCAGGGUCAAGCUUCGUUGCCGCCAGUGGAGUUCCAAGGCUUGGGAUACCUAACCCUAACCUGCUCGACAGCGUCAAUGGUGUUAAAAGUCCAUCUUUUGAGAGUACAUCCACGCUCUGCUUUCCGAGUACAUCAUGUCUUGGCGCAACCUGGAAUCCCAGACUCCUAGAACGGAUGGGGAAGACUUUAGCUGGCCAAGCUGUCGAAAAGGGCGUAUCCGUCAUCCUCGGCCCUGCUGUCAAUAUUCAUCGCGAUCCUCGAGGCGGACGAAAUUUCGAGUGUUUCAGCGAAGACCCAUUGGUAACAGGAAAACUUGCUGCUGCUUUGAUAAAUGGGAUCCAGGAUAGAGGUGAUGUUGCCGCCUGUCCGAAGCAUUUUGUUGGAAAUGAAAGCGAGACCAAGCGAAGAUUUUACGGUGUGGAGGCAGAUUCAAGAACAUUGCGAGAAAUAUACUUAGCAGCUUUCCAGUACUUGCUCAGAGAAUCAACGCCAAAAGCCCUGAUGACCGCAUACAACAAGAUCGAUGGCGUAUAUUGCAGCGAAAGUCCAAUCAUCAAAGACAUCUUACGAGAUGAAUGGGGCUUCAAAGGAUGUGUGAUGUCGGAUUGGUUCGGGACUAGAUCACAGCUUCCAGCAUUGUAUGCGGGGCUUGAUCUUGAAAUGCCUGGACCUUCAGUCUUUCGUGGCACGCCGCUCGUAGAAGAGGUCAAGCAUGGCAGGGUAAAUAUGGAGGUCAUCGAUGAAAGGGUCCAACGUGUGUUGAGUCUGAUCCAUAAGACUGCCGAUAGUCGAGGUAUCGGAAGACCACCGGUCCCGCAAAGCGAAUUGAGUGACCUAGCUCGACUUGUAGCCUCUGAGGGCAUCGUCUUACUGAAGAACAAAGACUCUACUUUGCCGCUCGAUUUCAAUUCAAAUGCUAGAAUUGCAGUUAUUGGCGCCGCAGCGAAAGAUCCUCCCAUCGGCGGUGGAGGAAGUGCCAGAGUUGCACCACAAUAUCUUCAGAUGCCCUUGGACUGCAUCAUCUCAGCCUGUACCGAUCCAUCACUUGUAUCUUUUUCCAUAGGCUGUAAAAACAACUGCACGAUCCCAGAAGUGGAAUUGCAAUCCACAUGUGCGAAGAAUAGCCAACCCGGAAUCGACGUCGAAUAUUUCGUGUAUGGCAGCAGUCGCGCGGUGUUGGAAGAAUACCUUCCAAGCACAAAAACCACCAUGCUCGGUUUCUUGAAACCGCCCCUCACUCAGGAGACGUUCUCGCACUUCACGGUGAGCACAACCAUAACUCCAAAGUCGUCUGGAAAGCAUACACUCGCCAUUCAAGCAACUGGCGCAUUCGAAUUCUUCGUCGGAGAGGAGAUGGCUCUCGUAGAUGACAUGCAACCACCGCCAUCUGUGGAGGAUUUCCUGUUUGUGCCAGAAGCUCUGGAGCGAAAGUGUUGGGUGCAGAUGGAAGCCGGUAAGCCUUACGCCGUAAAGGCUGUCGUGCAACCUUAUGUCCCAGCAGAAGAAACAGGAGAACCUCGGGUCUAUUCUGCAAAAUUGUGUUUCGAAGAAGCUUAUUCGAAGGAUGAUUUAUCUUUGGAGGCUAUUAAUAAAGCAAAGUCUUCCGACGUUGCGAUCAUUUUCGCUGGUCGAAAUGCCGAGAUGGAAAGUGAAGGCUUCGAUCUGGACUCCAUCAAACUUCCCGAAGACCAAGAGCAGAUCAUCAGCGACGUUGCAAGAGCAAGCAAGAAGACAGUGUUGGUUCUUUAUGGUGGUAAUCCUAUCGAUGUAUCCACAUAUGAGCAUCUCGUCGACGUAAUCCUCUUCGCGCAUUUCCCUGGUCAAGAAGGAUCCCAAGCGAUCACAGACAUCUUGACUGGGAAAGUAUGCCCCAAUGGAAGGUUAGCAACGUCUUGGCCAGUGAAGUUGGAGGAUGUGCCUACCUUCAACAACUUCCCUGCAAAGCAGAGGAUAGAUGGUAGCUGGGAAAUUCAGUAUGCUGAAGGUCUUGGGAUUGGAUAUCGAGCAGACGGAUAUACACCCAGGUAUCCGCUGGGCUUUGGGCUCUCGUAUACAGAAUUUCGCUGCACUGAUCUUCAACUGAGCUGGAUCGAGUCGGAAGAAUCCCUAGCUGUUGACCUGUGCCUUGCGAAUACUGGCAAAAUCGAUGGACACGAAGUUGUGCAGGUAUACAUCUCCGAGAGGAGGGCUGUCGUAUCUCGGCCAAAGAAGGAACUGAAGGCAUUCAGCAAGUGCUGGAUAGAAGCUGGCAAGAUGGAAAGGGUAAGAAUGGUAAUAGACAAGCGCACUGCAUUUAGUUGGUGGGACAACAGGACUAUAGGAGGGGGCGAACGCUGGAGAGCCGAGCCGGGCGAUUUUGAGGUCCAGGUCGGUGGCUUGAGCCAGAAUUUCGUGCUGGAGGAAGGGUUUUGUUGGCGAGGAUUGUAGGACAAAUUGUCCAGGGUAUACACAAAGACCGUAUGAUGACCCAAAGAGUGAAUCUGUACAGCUCUUCAAUAUCGAGGUGUAAUGUUAACAUGGGUUCGCGGUGCGACAGGUUGAAGUUUGGGGGUUUUAAUUACUUGAAGCUUACAAACAG